UCUAAAAAUCCCAACUUUUCAAUUCACAGUUUUGGCACUGUUAAUUGCUUUCACCACCCUCUUGCCUCUCUCGAACCAGUCACAAGUCCACGCCUCUAAAACGAAUUUUCCUUUCCAACAGUCUUCUUCUUCUUCUUCUCUAUAAUUAAGAUUAUUCAAGAACCCACAAUUAAACUAAAAAAAAAAAAAGUAAAUCAGAAGGAAAAGGAAGAAAUGCUCGUGUUGUUGAAUGUUUUGUUGCCAGGGGGUGCUGUUGUAGUUGCUUCAAUGCUUUUUGCGUUGGUAGUCUGGCGAUGUUAUUGUUUCAAAGACCGUAGAGGUAUUGCUGAUACGAUAAGAACCAAUAGAAGUGCAAGCUUGCAGGAUGGGAUUGCAAAGCUUCACCAAGGGAGUCUACAUCAUCAACCUGAUCAAUUAGAAACCAAAAGAAGAGGAAAUUAUUAUGUUUUUCGUCGCGGGGUUCUUACAAGACCUUUGUUCAAUUGGGCUGAUCAUCCGGUGCUUAUUACCGAAGCAGUCGAAAAUGGAUGGUCCAGAUUUGGUUUUACAAGCUACAUGUCAUCUCCUUCCACGCGAUCAUCCCUGUUAGGCUUAUGUGCGGCUGGUGAUUAUGGAAGAGAAACAGAUACAGAGAUAAGCUGGGAAAUUUGUCAAGGAUCAGCUGAUUUCAUGCAAAAGAUAAGGCUGAAUUCUGGGUUAGAGAAGGUUAAUGUAAGCUAUCCUUCUCUGUCUGCUGCUUCGGUAAUUAGAACUACUUUGCCUGUACCAGGGCCUCCAUUAGGGAACUCAUCUUUUCCUCAAGAGGCCUAUUUUGAAAUCACGGUUUUGUAUUGUCAUAGCAAUGAUCAAGAAUCUGUUGGCAAGGCUAAGGAAGGUGAGAGGGCUAAACUCAUUCAAGAAAAAUCUAAUGGAAAAGCAAAUUCGGAAUCUUUAGUACAUGUAAAUAGCAGCCACAGAAUCAGCAAAAUUGAAGAAUUGAAGCUUGCUGGUAAAGAUGAUUGUCAAGGUUCAGCAGUAUUGCUAUCUGUUGGGCUCACUAUUGGAGGCUCUCUUCCUUUGAAACUUCCUGGAAGCUAUCCAGGAUCAAUUGGAUUUAACUCUAAUGGUUCUCUCUAUCUUGAUGGCAUGGAACUUGUGUUUGAAUCCGAGAAAGCAGAUUGGGCAAGAACAGAUAAAGUAAUUGGCUGUGGAUUUGAUCCUAGGCAAAAACAAGUGUUUUUCACAGUAGAUGGAGAGCUGCUACAUGUAGUUCAUUGCAAGUCAGAGGAAUUCGGGACACCCCUUUACCCAGCAAUUGCAGCAAACAAUGAGAUAUUGGUUCUUGUCAAUUUUGGACAAAGUGCCUUUAGUUAUGCACAAGCAAAUGCUCAAAGAACACCAAAUCCUUGCUUCAUUGGCCCUCCUGCAAAAUCCCCUUCUCUGGGCUAUGAGGAUAGUAAAGAGCUCUUCUCAAUGGGAAGAAUUGACUCUCAGUGGCUCAAUAGAAGCACCACCAAUAAGGGCAGUCACGUCAAUGAAGCUAAUAAUCAAGGAGUUGACUUCGAUGACGAAUCUGAGGCUGAUUUAUUUGAAAUUGUCUUGGAUAAUGGUACUGGAAGAUCUCCAAACACCAGGAUUUAGCAGCAAUGCAAGAGCAUCACUAACCAUUUUUUACUGCUGGUUUCCUCUGUUCCGUGUGAGAGUGACAUGUAUUUGCUGUAUGCGGAUGGAUUUCUCGAUGGUUUCAGUCGAUACCUUUUGAAGAAAAACAAAAUCCCAAGCAUUGCUCUUUGCUAGGUAGUUAAAAUCAGAGACAAAAAAUAAAAUAAAAAAUAAAACCCUAUACUAUGAAAUGCAUAGAUAGGAACAGGUUUUUUCAGGAGUAUUUUUCUUUUCUGUUUUUAAACUAUUGUCCAAUGUACAUUUAUGAAUUUGUACAGCGACUAUCAUUUAUAUUAUAACUUAAAAUGCUU